UUUCAAUUGAAUUGAGAAACCCGAUUUUUUCGAGCGUUCUUCAACGCUAACUUUGUUGCCCACCAUGUCGGACAACGACUCCAUGGAUUUGGACUCUAUGGAGCCAGUGAUGCAGCCCAGGAAGCCGAGGAUUCGAGGCAAAUCCUAUGAGAAACGUUUGCAAGAUGUUCACCUUCCGUCUACGAUGCUUGAUACCCUGCUAGAUGAGGACUUACCAGAAGGGUCCUCCCAUUUCCAAUACCACCUUGCACAUCUUCGACAACUCAGCUUGGGGUCCAUGUUCACAGAAUAUUCGAGGAUUGUUUAUCCUCUCUCCAGGUCUAUGCCUUUACUUGUGUUGAAUUGGAAGGCUGUAGGCGAAGCUUGGAUUGAAGCAAUUAAGGGUACAGAAGAGUCAAAGGAGCAAGGCGAAAGUUACAAGCCGUUAUUCCGGCUGCUUCAGGCUUAUAUUUACGACCUCCGUUCGAUCAUUCAGCCUCUUUACAAUCCUUUUCUCAAGACACUUCUAUCACUGAUUUCGCUGAGGCUAGAUAUUAAAGUUCUGGCUGAGCUGAUGGCUUCAUUGCUUUCUCUUCUCAAAUUCGUUCUCGUCCCUAACCUUACACCUGAAUUGCUGGAUGAAACUUGGGGGGAGUUCGUUGGGGCUUUUCAGAGGAUAAGAGUCGAUCAUUCUAGGAUGCUCGGGGAAGUAUUGGGUGCUAUCUUAAGGAGAAUGAAGAGCAUCGAUAGGAAGAAACUCAACACGUUAAUGUUUAACUCUUUGCAAAAGGAUGACACACCUCGAUUGCGGGACGCUCUUGCUUGGCCAUUUAUCUAUGCGUGCCAGGGUCCGCAACAUUCACUGCACACAUCCUCGAGCCAAAUCGUCUCGGAUUUACUCGACGUUCAUUUAUCAUUGUCAUUGUCAUCGCAGACGUCUAUCUUGGGUGACACCGCUGAGGAGGGAUACUCCCCAUUCACAACCGAGAAUGCAACUGGCACACUCCUUCGCCGCCUCCUUUCGUCGCUUGCCCACCAUGUCAAGGACGCUGCUGCCUACGAGUCGGCAUCUGUUUCUGUCCUUGACGCAUUCGUUAAGGAGGUGGAAGGUGCUACAGAGUCGGAUGCUGAUGCCUCACGACUCGUUGCGAUGUUGCGAAUAACAACCAUCCCGGUUAUGGUAUUGCAGGGAGCCAGGAUGCAAGCAUCCCAAUUACGAAAAAUUUUGGAAGCACUUUGUCAAGUUCCGCAACAAGUUGUUUCUGCCCACAAGGAGGAUUAUGGGAACCUCAUAAUUGCAGUCUUGUCGUCUUCCUCUAGCGAGGUGGCGGUAUGGCUGCCAAAGAAUCUGGGGAAGCGCGCAAUGGAGAAAGUUUGGGAAGUGCGCCUUUUGUUGUGUUUGGCAGAUCAGAAUUUGUGCUUAAUUUCAUACACAGGAUCCUGUUUCUGGUCUCCAAUUUUCUGGGGCUCUAGCCGAAGCGGGAUGGGAUGGCUGGAAAGCCAUUGUACUGCCAGAACUAGCCAAGCACCUACCGGUAGCACUCUCUUCGGGUGGAAUAUCUUCGGAUGUCGCAUUAAGAACGCUCAUAUAUCUUGUUGAGAACAACCGUCUCGACACUAAUUGCCUUCCCAAUGGCUCUCAAUGGUGGGGAAGCAUAACGGAUUAUUUCAAAGAAAGAUUAAAGAGUUGGACCCACAAUGUAGAGAAUACGACACGACUCAUUGCAAUAGCCAUUUGUGUGAAGGCACUCC